AUGCAUUGGGUUUGCUGGCUGUUCCCAUCGGGUGCUGAGAGAAGAAGUGGCAGAGAAGUGAGUGCACACCCAAACACCCAAACACCACACCCAACACCCAACACCCAACACCCAACACCCCACACAACCCCCAACCCCAACCAAACACUAACCCCAAAACACACCUAAGACCCUAACCCAAACACCCCCAACACCCCAAACACCAACACCCAACACCCUAACCCUAACACCCUAACCCUAACCCAAACACCCCAACACCCAAACACCCCAACACCCAAACACCCCAAACCCAACACCCUAACCCAAACACCCCAACACCCAACCCCAACCCUAACACCCAAACACCCUAACACCACACACCCCAACCCCCAACACCCAACACCCCACCCAACACCAACACACCCAACCCCAAACCCCCAAACACACCCAAACACCCUAACCCAAACACCCAAACACCCAACACCAACACCCAACCACCCAACACCCCAACACCCAACACCCUCAACCCAAACACCCAACACCCAACAACCCAACCCCAAAACCCACAAACACCCCUAACCCAAACACCCUACCCAACACCACAAACACCCUACCCCACCACCCUAACCCAACAACCCACCCAACACCCUAACCCCAACCACCACCCUAACCCAACCCUCCCUAACCCCCUAACCCCCUAACCCUAACCCAAACACCCAAACACACACACACACACACACACACACAUACCAUCACACACACACACACACACGCUUCGAAAGUCUAGACAUGUUUUCCUAAUGUAAUAUAUGUAAUGACCUGACUGAUGUAAUGAACUGACUGUUUCUGCAGCGUCAUCGCCAGGUGUUGGAGGAAUCUCAGCGCCUAACAGAGUUACUCAACAGGUAUAUACACAUUAUACACCCACAUUAUACACCCACAUUAUACACCCACAUUAUAUACACAUUAUACCACACCAUUACACACCCACAUUAUACACCCACAUUAUAUACAAACCCCCAUUAUACACCCCCAUUAUUCACAUUAUACACAUUAUACCAACCCACAUUAAAACACCCACAUUAUAAAACCCAUUAUAAAACCCAUUAUACACCCACAUUAUAAACAUAUUUUACCCACAUUAUAUACACAUUAUACACCCACAUUAUACACCCACAUUAUAUACACAUUAUACACCCACAUUAUACACCCACAUUAUAUACACAUUAUAUACACAUUAUAUACACAUUAUACACCCACAUUAUACACCCACAUUAUAUACACAUUAUACACCCACAUUAUAUACACAUUAUACACCCACAUUAUACACCCACAUUAUAACACAUUAUUACACCAUAUAUACACAUUAUACACCCACAUUAUCACCCACAUUAUCAACACAUAUAACACCCAUUAUACACCCACAUUAUAUACACAUUAUACACCCACAUUAAUAUACACAUUAUACACCAACACAUUAUAACACACAUUAUAUACACCAUAUACAAACCCACAUUAUACACCACAUUAUAUACACAUUAUACACCCACAUUAUACACCCACAUUAUAACACCCACAUUAUACAACCCACAUUAUACACCCCAUUAUAACACAUUAUCACCCACAUUAUACAAACCCACAUUAUAAUACACCCAUUAUAACACCCACAUUAUACACCCACAUUAUAUACACAUUAUACACCCACAUUAUAUACACAUUAUACACCCACAUUAUACACCCACAUUAUACACCCACAUUAUAUACACAUUAUACACCCACAUUAUACACCCACAUUAUACACCCACAUUAUACACCCACAUUAUAUACACAUUAUACACCCACAUUAUAUACACAUUAUACACCCACAUUAUAACACCCACAUUAUACACCCACAUUAUAUACACAUUAUACACCCACAUUAUAUACACAUUAAACCACAAUAAUAUCACAUAUACACCCACAUUAUAUACACAUUAUACACCCACAUUAUACACCCACAUUAUACACCCACAUUAUACACCCACAUUAUACACCCACAUUAUAUACACAUUAUAUACACAUUAUACACAUUAUACACCCACAUUAUAUACACAUUAUAUACACAUUAUACACCACAUUAUACACCCACAUUAUAUACACAUUAUACACACACAUUAUACACCCACAUUAUAUACACCAUUAUAUACACAUUAUACACCCACAUUAUACACCCCAUUAUAUACCCACAUUAUACACCCACUUAUAUACCACAUUAUAUACACAUUAUACACCCACAUUAUAUACACAUUAUACACCCACAUUAUACACUCACAUUAUAUACACAUUAUAUACACAUUAUAUACACAUUAUACACCCACAUUAUACACCCACAUUAUAUACACAUUAUACACCCAAUUAUAUACACAUUAUACACCCACAUUAUACACCCACAUUAUAAAGACAUUAUUUUUUUUUAUUUUUUUUUUUUUUCCCCUUUUUUUCCAGUAAACCAGUUGAAAAAAGUUCUCUUUUACAACUGGGGGACCUGGCAAAAAAGAAAGCAUGCAUAAAAAAAAAAACCCCGAGUACUUGGGGAAAAAAAAAACAAAAAUCAAAAAAAACAACAAAAUACUUAAAUACUGUAAAUUUUUAGAAAAGUUAUGGGGGAAAAGGCAAAAAAUAGCAUAUGCAAAAAAAUUUUUACAAUUUAUUUUAAACCCCUUUGAAGGUGCAAGAGAUAGUGCAAAAAAAUACUGGGGAAGAUGAGAAAAAUAAAAAACAAUAAGGGAGGGGUAUUGGGGGGGGCAAAUUUCAGAUGGGCUUGCGGUGCAGGGGACGGUAAGGUGCUCAAAACUGACUUAAAGUAGUGAGGGAGAUGAGUCCCCAGUUCAAGUUUUUUUGCAGUUCGUUCCAUCUUGGCCAGAGAACGGAAAAUUUGGGGCCAAAAGGAGGUUUUGUUUGGGGGAUGACCAGGGAGAUUACCUGCAGCGCAUACAGGGGUGGUGCUGCUAUGGUGACCAAUAGCUAAAAAAGGGGCGGGGUUUUGGGGCCUGCGUUUUAUAGAUCCCGGGACCUGGUUUGGCGACGAAUAUUUAGUGAGGACCAGCCAACAAAGCGUACAGGUCACGGGGGUGGGUAUUGGGGGGGUUUUGGAGAAAAAAAAGGGAGGGCCUGGAAAAAAAAACCCCAAUUUGCGAUAGAGUGUUGGGGGGCUUUUUUUGUAAAACAUCCCCGAAGCAAGGAUCGGUGGGAAGUAUUUUAACGGGGGCAUGUUGGGCGCAGGUAAGGAGGCUUUGUUGGGAAUAAAAACCCGAUUCUAGUUUUUACUUUGGUUUGGGGAUUCUUAAUGUGAGUCGGGAAAGAAGUUUACAGUCUCCAACACCUAAAAUUUUUGUAGUUGUCCCGACUCUAGGUCAGCCCCGUCUAAUAUAUUCUAGUCGGGUGGGGGGGUGCAGCCGUUGGGGUUAAGGCAUGCUUUUGUUUUACUAGUUUUUAAGAGCUUUGGGGGCUACUGAAGGAUUGUUGUAUGGCAUUAAGCUCUUUGGGGGUUUUGUUAAACACGUUCCAAUAAGGGCCUUAAAAAAAUGGUGUCGUCGCGUAAUGGAUCGAGAGCACCAGCAGCAAGAGCCGUCAUUGAAUACAAGAAAAAGUUGGCCCAAAAAUUAAACCCCUGUGCACCCCCAAGGCUCCCAUAGGUCCAAAAACGGGCCCUCCGUUUGACACUUGAACUCAUCUAGAAGUAUUGGUAAACCCAGGCGAGGCAUCAUUGAGAACCCCGCAUUUAGUUCCAAUAAAGAAUCGGUGGUUACAAGUCGAAACUUUGGGCCGGGCAAAGAAAACGGCGCACAGUACUGUCUUUACGAUCCGGUUUUAAAAUCAUUUAGGGCCUUUGACGUGGCUGAAGUCACCCAUACCACUCGGGAAACCAUUGAAUAGGGGAAGGGACGGUGGGAUUUGAAAAGGUUGGGGAUCUGUUUUUUUGACUUGGGCUUUCAAAAAAUUUUGAAAAGGGAGGCAGGGUGGAUUGGGGCUGUAAAAGUUUGGGGGUCUAAGUGUACCCCCUUUGAAAGGGGGAUGACCGCGGGGAAUUUCCCCCUCCUGGGGAUCUCGACAUCCCAAAAAAGGUUUUUACAGGGUAUUAAAAGGGUUUCACAAUUUUUUGGCGGCUAGUUUAGAAAAAAAGGGGCCAAUUUCUAUCCAAUAUUUUGUAGGGGCCAUUUUGGGAGCUCUUUUAGAAACAUCAGCUGUCUGGAUUUGUGUGAAGGAGAAGCGGGGGGGGCAUGGGCAAGUUGCAGCGGAGGGUGCAGAGCUGGUGGCCGGGGUAGUGGUAGCCAGGUGGAAAGCAUGGCCAGCCGUAGCAAAAUGCUUGUUGAAAUUCUCGAUUAUUGUAGAUUUAUCGGUUGGUGAUAGUGUUUCCUAGCCUCAGUGCAGUGGGCAGCUGGGGAGGAAAGUGCUCUUAUUUUCCAUGGACUUUACAGUGUCCCAAAACUUUUUUGGAGUUAGUGCUACAGGAUGCAAAUUUCUGUUUGAAAAAGUUAGCCUUUGCUUUCCUAACUGCUUGUGUAUACUGGUUCCUAACUUCCCUGAAAAGUUGCAUAUCGCGGGGGCUAUUUGAUGCUAAUGCACUACGCCACAGGAUGUUUUUGUGCUGGUCAAGGCAGUCAAGUCUGAGGAGAACCAGGGGCUAUAUCGGUUCUUAGUUCUGUAUUUUUUGAAUGGGGCAUGUCUAUUUAAGAUUGAGAGGAAAUUACUUUUAAAGAACAACCAGGCAUCCUCUACUGACGGAAUGAGAUCCGAUUACAGACUUACUUGCAGACCUUUGGCAUUCUAGUUGUCAAUUUGUUGAGGUAAUCUGAAGGGAUUUCACCCCAUGCUUCCUGAAGCACCUCCCACAAGUUGGAUUGGCUUGAUGGGCACUUCUUACGUACCAUACGUUCAAGCUGCUCCCACAACAGCUCAUAGCCUUCAUUUCUCAGAACAAGAAUAGACUGACGAGUUUCAGAAGAAAGUUCUUUGUUUCUGGCCAUUUUGAUCCUGUAAUCAAACCCACAAUUGCUGAUGCUCCAGAUACUCAACUAGUCUCAAGAAGGACAGUUUUAUUGCUUCUUUAAUCAGCAACAACAGUUUUCAGCUGUGCUAACAUAAUUGCAAAAGGGUUUUCUAAUGAUCAAUUAGCCUUUUAAAAUGAUAAACUUGGAUUAGCAAACACAACGUGCCAUUGGAACACAGGACUGAUGGUUGCUGAUAUAAUGGGCCUCUGUAGAUAUUCCAUUAAAAAUCAGCCGUUUCCAGCUACAAUAGCCAUUUACAACAUCAACAAUGUCUACACUGUAUUUCUGAUCAAUUUAAAUGUUAUUUUAAUGGACAAAAAAUUGCUUUUCUUUCGAAAACAAGGAACUUUCUAAGUGACCCCAAACUUUUGAACGGUUUGUGUGGUGUGUGUGUUGUGUGUGUGUGUGUAUGUAUGUGUAUAUACACUGCUCAAAAAAAUUAAGGGAACACUUAAACAACACAAUGUAAUUCCAAGUCCAAUCACACUUCUGUGAAAUCAAACUGUCCACUUAGGAAGCAACACUGAUUGACAAUAAAUGUCACAUGCUGUUGUGCAAAUGGAAUAGACAACAGGUGGAAAUUAUAGGCAAUUAGCAAAAUACCCCCAAUAAAGGAGUGGUUUCUGCAGGUGGUGGACCACAGACCACUUCUCAGUUUCCUAUGCUUCCUGGCUGAUGUUUUGGUCACUUUUGAAUGCUGGCGGUGCUUUCACUCUAGUGGUAGCAUGAGACGAGUCUACAACCCACACAAGUGGCUCAGGUAGUGCAGCUCAUCCAGGAUGGCACAUCAAUGCGAGCUGUGGCAAGAAGGUUUGCUGUGUCUGUCAGCGUAGUGUCCAGAGCACGGAGGCGCUACCAGGAGACAGGCCAGUACAUCAGGAGACGUGGAGGAGGCCGUAGGAGGGCAACAACCCAGCAGCAGGACUGCUACCUCCGCCUUUGUGCAAGGAGGAGCAGAAGGAGCACUGCCAGAGCCCUGCAAAAUGACCUCAGCAGGCCACAAAUGUGCAUGUGUCUGCUCAAACGGUCAGAAACAGACUCCAUGAGGGUGGUAUGAGGGCCCGACGUCCACAGGUGGGGGUUGUGCUUACAGCCCAACACCGUGCAGGACGUUUGGCAUUUGCCAGAUAAAACACCAAGAUUGGCAAAUUCGCCACUGGCGCCCUGUGCUCUUCACAGAUGAAAGCAGGUUCACACUGAGCACGUGACAGACGUGACAGAGUCUGGAGAUGCCGUGGAGAACAUUCUGCUGCCUGCAACAUCCUCCAGCAUGACCGGUUUUGGCGGUGGGUCAGUCAUGGUGUGGGGUGGCAUUUCUUUGGGGGGCCGCACAGCCCUCCAUGUGCUCGCCAGAGGUAGCCUGACUGCCAUUAGGUACCGAGAUGAGAUCCUCAGACCCCUUGUGAGACCAUAUGCUGGUGUGGUUGGCCCUGGGUUCCUCCUAAUGCAAGACAAUGCUAGACCUCAUGUGGCUGGAGUGUGUCAGCAGUUCCUGCAAGAGGAAGGCAUUGAUGCUAUGGACUGGCCCGCCCGUUCCCCAGACCUGAAUCCAAUUGAGCACAUCUGGGACAUCAUGUCUCGCUCCAUCCACCAAACGCCACGUUGCACCACAGACUGUCCAGGAGUUGGCGGAUGCUUUAGUCCAGGUCUGGGAGGAGAUCCCUCAGGAGACCAUCCGCCACCUCAUCAGGAGCAUGCCCAGGCGUUGUAGGGAGGUCAUACAGGCACGUGGAGGCCACACACACUACAGAGCCUCAUUUUGACUUGUUUUAAGGACAUUACAUCAAAGUUGGAUCAGCCUGUAGUGUGGUUUUCCACUUUAAUUUUGAGGGUGACUCCAAAUCCAGACCUCCAUGGGUUGAUAAAUUUGAUUUCCAUUGAUAAUUUUGUGUGAUUUUGUUGUCAGCACAUUCAACUAUGUAAAGAAAAAAGUAUUUAAUAAGAUUAUUUCAUUCAUUCAGAUCUAGGAUGUGUUAUUUUAGUGUUCCCUUUAUUUUUUUGAGCGGUGUGUAUAUAUAUAUAUAUAUAUAUAUAUAUAUAUAUACACACAUUAUACACUACCGGUCAUAAGUUUUAGAACACCUACUCAUUCAAGUUUUUAUUUUAUUUUUUAAAACUAUUUUCUACACACACACACAGACACACACACACACACACACACAUAUAUAUAUAUACACACACACACACACACACGCUAGAUAUAGUUGUUUCUGUAGAAUAAAGUUGCUGUGUGUGUUCAGUCAGGUGGAAGAGGAGUUUGGAGAGCUGGACGGCAGACGGAGAGAAGAGGAGGAUGGAGAGGAGGAGGACGGGGAAUCUUCUCGUCUCUGGGUGGAUCAGUUCUCUCCUCAACACUACACUGAACUACUCAGCGACGACGUGAGUGGCUGGAACGGGAGUGGCUGGAACGGGAGUGGCUGGAACGGGAGUGGGCGAACGGGAGUGGGCGGAACGGGAGUGGGCGGAACGGGAGUGGGCGGAACGGGAGUGGGCGGAACGGGAGUGGGCGGAACGGGAGUGGGCGGAACGGGAGUGGCUGGAACGUGAGUGGCUGGAACGUGAGUGGCUGGAACGGGAGUGGGCGGAAACGGGAGUGGGCGGAAACGGGGUGGGCGGAACGUGAGUGUGCGGAACUGGAGUGGGCGAACGGGAAGGGGGCGGACGUGAAUUGUGCGGAACUGGAAGUGGCGGAACGGGAGUGGGUGGAACAAUUGAACAAUAAUAGAAAACCAGAUAUUGACUCCUGUUCUGGGUGUAACAGUGUCUGUGUGUGUAUCAUUUCUGUGUGUGUGUGUGUGUGUGUAGUUCACCAACCGCUGUUUGCUGAAGUGGCUAAAGCUGUGGGACCAGGUGGUGUUUGGACGAGAAAGGAAGACACGCCCACCCCCAGCCGAGAGGCCCGACCACAACACAGCCAAUCAGGGUCAAGGACGCUUUCAUUCCUCCAAUAAGGGCCAGGGACGCUUUCAUUCCACCAAUUGGAGCAAGGGGAACUUUAAUCAAGCCAAUCAGAAAUUUAAGACCAAGAGUCAGAUCACUGAGGAGAUUCUGGAGGCCGAACUGGACCAAUACAAAAGGCCCAAAUACAAGGUGGGUAGACCCACACAUCACACCAAGGUAGGUAGACCCACACAUCACCCCAAGUAGGUAGACCCACACAUCACACAAGGUAUGUAACCCACACAUCAUCACCAGUUAGGGAGACCCACACAUCAAACACCAAGGUAGGGGAGACCCACACAUCACACCAAUGUCGGGGACCCACCAUCACAAACCAAGUAGGUAGACCCACCAGCACACCACGGUGGUAUACCCCACAUCACACCAAGGUAGGUAGACCCACACAUCACACAGACUGAUCAAUACAAGGUAGGUAGACCCACACAUCACACCAAGGUAGGUAGACCCACACAUCACACCAAGGUAGGUAGACCCACACAUCACACCAAGGUAGGAGACCCACACAUCACACCAAGGUAGGUAGACCCACACAUCACACAGACGGAUCAAUACAAGGUAGGUGACCCAACACUCACACAGAACUGAUCAAUACAAGGGAGUAGACCCACACAAUCACAACAAGGUAGUAGCCCACACAUCACACCCAAGGUAGGUAGACCCACACAUCACACCAGGUAGGUAUACCCCACACCUCAACACCAAGGUAUGUAGACCCCCCUCACACCAAGGUGGGUAGAACCCACACUCGACACAGACUGAUCAUACAGGUCGGUAACCCACACAUCACCAGACUGAUCAAUAACAAGGUAGUAGACCCCACCAUCACACCAAGGUAGGUAGACCCACACAUCACACCAAGGUAGGGAGACCCACACAUCACACAGACUGAUCAAUACAAGGUAGGUAGACCCACUCAUCACACAGACUGAUCAAUACAAGGGUAGGUUAGACCACACAUCACACCAAGGUAGGUAGACCACACUCACACCAAGAGGUAGACCCACCCAUCACACAAGGUAGGUAGACCACACAUCACACAUAACUGAUCAAUCAAGUGGUAGACCCACACAAUCACACCAAGGUCGGUAUACCCACACAUCACAAACAUCACACCAAGGUAGGUAGACCCCACAUCAAACCAAGGUAGGUAGACCCACACAUCACACCAAGGUAGGUAGACCCACACAUCCCAGCCCAAGGGGUAACCCACACUCACAAACACCAAGGUAGGUAGACCCACACAUCACACCAAGGUAGGUAGACCCACACAUCACACAGACUGAUCAAUACAAGUGUAAGGUAGAACCCACACUCAUCACACCAUGGUAGGUAGACCCACACAUCACACGCAAGGUAGUGAAGACCCCACAUCACACCAAGGAGUGA